AUGUUAAGAGAAAAACACAGUGCCAACACUUUUGAAACUUUGAAUAAUGGCAAAUUGUCAACUGGAAGAUGAUUAAAUUAGGAAACAAUUAUUAAACAACCAGGAGAUACACGGUGGGGAUCACAAUACAACACUUUGGUGAGAUGUAUUUCAAUGUUCUCACCAAUUUGUGAGGAGACAAUCAUAGAUGAAUGGAUCAUUAUUGACAUGCAACUUCAAGAGUUAAAUGAUCGUUUCACUGAAAAAAGUACAGAGUUACUUCUUUGUGUGGCAUGUCUCAAUCUGAGCAACUCAUUUACUACUUUUGACAGACAAAAACUCAUUUUCCUUCCACAUUUUUAUCCUAAAGAUUUUUCAACUAUGGAGCUUGUUAUUCAUGACGAUCAGCUUCAAAAUUACAUCAUUGAUGUGCAUUCAGAUAAUAUGUUUGUUGAGUUAACAAGUAUUGGUGAUCUUUCUAAAAAAAAGGUGAUAACAACUAAAGAUAAAGUCUGCCCAUUAGUCUAUCGUUUGCUUACCUUAGCAUUGAUAUUAGCAGUUACAACGACUACCGUGGAGAGGACAUUUUCUGUUAUGAGCAUUAUAAAGAUUCACUUGCGCAAUCAAAUGGGAGAACAAUGGAUGAAUGGUUGUCUUGUAACGUAA